AUGGCGCUGGACGGAUCCAGCAGUUAUGUGGCUCCGAACAACCUAACGGAGCCUUCGGACUCCCUACCCAUCUUCGACGUCCAGCGGGUGCAGCUCCAGUUCCCGAUCGCGGCGGAUUUCGUAGCCGCCCAAGUCGCGAACAAUGUGCUCAUCUUAGCCUUGUCGACAGGUCGGAUCCUACGGAUUGACCUUGAUACCCCGGAAGACAUUGAUGACAUCGACCUUCCAAAGAAAUCCUCCGAGAUUGGGUUGAUUCGACGCAUGUUCCUUGACCCUUCUGCGUCCCAUCUAAUUAUCACCACCACGCUUGGCGAGAACUACUACCUCCACACUCAGUCGCGCCAACCCAAAGCUUUGUCCCGGUUAAAGGGCGUCUCUAUUGAGAGUGUCGCUUGGAAUCCGUCUCUACCAACUGCCUCAACGCGCGAAAUCCUUCUGGGUACGACCGACGGAAACGUGUAUGAGACCUACAUUGAACCUUCCACGGAGUUCUAUCGGCGCGAGGAGAAAUACGUCACUGCGGUGUACAAGGUGCCGGACGCCUCGCCAGUCACUGGGAUCUGUGCCGAAUUAGUCCCGUCGAGGCCUGAUCAGAGACGAGUUCUAGUGGCAACACACGGCAAAUUGAUACAUGUUCUGGGCCGGACGGGGAGCGCCACUAAGCAUGGCAGAGAUGGCGGUGGUUCCAUAUAUGCGGAUCUCUUCCAGCGAGAGACGGCUCUGAUUCAUGAUGCUUCCAACCCAUCGGGCUCCGCACCAUCUGCCUUGACGGUGUCCUCUUCGUCGACCACGGGAGGACAUCAGGCCGAGGGUCUCACAGAGAAGGAAUUUGCAUGGUUGAGUGUUGAGGGUAUUUACCAUGGUCAGCUUUCAUCCGAGACUCCCUUCGACCAUGCGAGUAUGCUUCCUCGCACGAAGUUCCCUGCAUCCCAGUCUGCACGAGGAGGGAAGAAGUUGAUUCAGGAUCCGAUUUCUGCAAUGACUCUGACCCAUUGGCAUGUUCUGGCACUGGUCGAAGGCCGAGUGGUUGCCGUCAACCGCCUGAAUGAGGAGGUUGUGUAUGAUCAGGCUGUUCUGGAGCCUCGUCAGAGCUCGUUGGGUCUAUUGACUGACCUGACGCAAAACACCUACUGGCUUUUCACUAGCAAAGAAAUCUUCGAGGUUGUCGCCAACGACGAGGAUCGGGACGUAUGGAAGGUCUUCCUCAAAGAAAAGAAAUUUGACGAAGCACUUCAGUACGCUCACGGCCAUGCGCAACGCGAUGCUGUCCUGACGGCUUCGGGUGACUUUUUGGCAGAAAAGGGCAACUUCCUCGAGGCUGCCAAAGUCUGGGGUAAGAGCAGCAAAGGCUUCGAGGAAGUCUGCCUGACAAUGGUGGAUAACAAGGAGUAUGAUGCUCUCCGAAAGUACCUUCUUUCUCAGCUCUCAACCUAUAAGAAAACAUCCGUCAUGCAACGGCUUAUGGUUGCGAGUUGGCUUGUGGAACUUUUCAUGUCAAAACUGAAUUCCUUGGACGACAGCAUCGCGACCAAGGCAGAACUGACCGAGGGUGCAACGGAGGGCCAGGUUCAGGACCAACUAGGUGACAUGCGAGCCGAGUUUCAAGAGUUUGUUACCAGGCAUAAGGCGGAUCUAGACAAGAAGACGGUUUACGACAUCAUCAGCAGUCAUGGUCGUGAACAAGAGUUACUCUUCUUUGCAACUGCUACCAACGAUCACAACUAUGUUCUGUCAUAUUGGAUUCAACGAGAGAAAUGGUCGGAGGCACUGAACGUACUCCAGCGCCAGAGCGAACCAGAUGUGUUCUACAAGUACAGCAGCGUGCUCAUGACUCAUGCGGCUACUGGGUUGAUCGAAAUCCUGAUGCGACAGACAAAUCUUGAUCCUGAGCGGCUUAUUCCAGCACUGUUGAAUUACAACAAGACCGCCAGCGUCUCCCUCAACCAGAACCAGGCUGUUCGCUACCUGAACUUCAUCAUCGUCAACCACCCCAAACCCUCGGCAGCUGUCCACAACACUCUCAUCUCGAUUCAUGCCUCCAGCUCAUCAACCUCCGAAGCAGGGCUUCUCACUUAUCUUCAAUCGCAGCCAUCAACGCCUCCUCCAUAUGAUGCAGACUUUGCCCUUCGACUCUGUAUUCAGCACAAGAGAGUUCAGUCAUGCAUCCACAUCUACAGCGCCAUGGGCCAGUACCUGCAGGCAGUCGAACUCGCCCUGGAACACAACGACAUCGAGCUCGCCGCUAUUGUCGCAGACCGUCCCGAAGGUAAUGAUAAGCUUCGCAAGAAGCUGUGGCUCCUAGUUGCAGAGAAGAAGAUUCGGCAGCCUGGCACCGGCAUCAAAGACGCCAUCGAGUUUCUCCGCCGUUGCGAGCUCCUCCACAUUGAGGAUCUCAUUCCCUUCUUCCCGGACUUUGUUGUCAUCGACGACUUCAAAGAUGAAAUUUGCACCGCUCUGGAAAUUUACUCGCGCCAUAUUGAUGACCUCCGUCAGGAGAUGGAUAACUCGGCACAAACAGCUCACCAGAUUCGGUCGGAGAUUGCCAGUCUGGACACACGCUAUGCGAUCGUGGAGCCGGGUGAGAAAUGCUGGAUCUGUUCGCUGCCUCUGUUGAGCCGCCAGUUCUUCGUCUUCCCUUGUCAACAUGCCUUCCACAGCGACUGUCUGGGGAAGGAGGUGCUGGAAGGUGCGGGAGGCAAGAAGAAGUAUAUUCGGGAUUUGCAGGCCCAGAUGAGCAAUGGCGAUAUCUCAUCGGCUCGGAGAGAGGAUAUUGUCAAAGAAUUGGAUGGGCUGGUUGCUGAAGCUUGUAUUCUAUGCGGCGACCAUGCCAUCAAACAGAUCGACAAGCCGUUUAUUGCAGCCUCGGAAACGACAGAUGAGUGGGCUCUUUGA